GCGGCCUCCCCGCCUUUCGGUUCCGGGUUCUCAGCGUCGAUUGGGUACCUGGGGAGUCGAGCGGGUCCAAAGGUGGCCGAGCCCCGCCCCCUUUCUCAAGGUGACGCUCCGCCCCCGAUGGCGUCACGCGGGAGCCGGGGCCCGCCCUUCCCCGCCUGUGCCGCGGUUACCUCGCGUGUCCGGCCUUCAUAAGAUGGCGGUCGGGUCGCCUACCCGCGGCGGCACCGCCACUCUCAACAUGGUAGCUGUUUACCCCGUAUUUCUCCUCCCCUCUCCGCCUCAACUUCCUCGUUGUUUUGAAUAAACUUUAUUGACUACUCUGAAUUGCCUAUCACCGCCACCGGGCUUCUCCCGGCGAUUUUUCGGGCUGUUUUUCUCCAACCGGGCCGCCGGUUCAUCUCCUUCCUCGUUGGUUUGCUCGCGGCGAUCUCCUGCCAGCCCAGCGACGCCGCCGCUUGCCUGUUCGUCAGGCGGCCGCCGGACUAGGCCCGAGCCGCGGGCUCCAGUAGGCCCUAACAGCCGGGCCUGGGGCAGAGCUGUGGAGAAAAUUGCCCUGAAGCAACCGCAGGGCGGCCAGGGCCGCGCGACCAGGGCCGCGCGACCCAGCGGGUGGCUCGAGUGUAAGGCGAGAGAGGUUCGCUGCGUUGCCGUGACGAUCCCAGAAUUCGGUGCGCGUCGCCUGUGGGGCCGGAACUGCUGGCCGAACCUUCGCUGAGCGAGGCGCUGAGCAGCUCCGGAGCGAGCCCGGCCGCCGGCGCUUCGGUGGAACUGAGCUCAGCGGGCGUGAGGAAUCCCUGCGGCUUUGCAGAUGAGGAGGUCCCUGUAGGGUUCCGGACUGAAUACGUUCUUGUCAGGUUUGGGGCGUGAGGAGGUUCCUGUCAGUUUGGGAGGCGUGAAGAGAUUCUCCCUUCGUCCAGAGAGAACGCGUGCUGCCGCCUCCCGCUCCCUUUGACGCUGAGAACCUGGCCCACCGCAGAACGCUCCAAGGCCAGGCGAAGAUGGCCUCGGUACCGGUGUAUUGCCUCUGUCGCCUGCCUUACGAUGUCACCCGCUUCAUGAUCGAGUGUGACAUGUGCCAGGACUGGUUUCAUGGCAGUUGUGUUGGUGUUGAAGAGGAGAAGGCUGCUGACAUUGACCUCUACCACUGCCCCAAUUGUGAGGUCUUACAUGGGCCCUCCAUCAUGAAAAAACGCCGUGUAUCUUCAAAAGGCCAUGAUACACACAAGGGGAAGCCAGUGAAGACGGGAAGCCCUACGUUCAUUCGAGAGCUUCGGAGUAGGACCUUUGACAGCUCAGAUGAAGUGAUUCUGAAGCCCACUGGAAGUCAGCUGACCGUGGAAUUCCUGGAAGAGAAUAGCUUCAGUGUGCCCAUCCUGGUCUUGAAGAAGGAUGGAUUGGGGAUGACGCUGCCCUCACCAUCAUUCACUGUGAGGGAUGUGGAACACUAUGUUGGUUCUGACAAAGAGAUUGAUGUGAUUGAUGUGACCCGCCAGGCCGACUGCAAGAUGAAGCUUGGUGAUUUUGUGAAAUAUUAUUAUAGUGGGAAGAGGGAAAAAGUCCUCAAUGUCAUUAGUUUGGAAUUCUCUGAUACCAGGCUUUCUAACUUUGUGGAGACACCCAAGAUUGUUCGGAAGCUCUCAUGGGUGGAGAACUUGUGGCCAGAGGAGUGUAUCUUUGAGAGGCCCAACGUGCAGAAGUACUGCCUCAUGAGCGUGCGGGAUAGUUAUACAGACUUUCACAUUGACUUUGGUGGCACGUCGGUCUGGUACCAUGUGCUCAAGGGUGAGAAGAUCUUCUACCUGAUCCGCCCAACAAAUGCCAACCUGACUCUCUUUGAGUGCUGGAGCAGCUCCUCUAACCAGAAUGAGAUGUUCUUUGGGGACCAGGUGGACAAGUGCUACAAGUGUUCUGUGAAGCAAGGACAGACACUUUUCAUUCCUACAGGAUGGAUCCAUGCUGUGCUGACCCCCGUGGACUGCCUUGCCUUUGGAGGGAACUUCUUACACAGCCUUAACAUUGAAAUGCAGCUCAAAGCCUAUGAGAUUGAGAAGCGGUUGAGCACAGCAGACCUCUUCAAGUUCCCCAACUUUGAGACCAUCUGUUGGUAUGUGGGAAAGCAUAUCCUGGACAUCUUUCGAGGUUUGCGAGAAAACAGGAGACACCCUGCCUCCUACCUGGUCCAUGGUGGUAAAGCCCUGAACUUGGCCUUUAGAGCCUGGACAAGGAAAGAAGCUCUGCCAGACCACGAGGAUGAGAUCCCAGAGACAGUGCGGACCGUACAGCUCAUUAAAGAUCUGGCUAGGGAGAUUCGCCUGGUGGAAGAUAUCUUCCAACAGAACGUUGGGAAGACAAGCAAUAUCUUUGGGCUGCAGAGGAUCUUCCCAGCCGGCUCCAUUCCCUUAACCAGGCCAGCCCAUUCCACUUCAGUAUCCAUGUCCAGGCUGUCACUGCCCUCCAAAAGUGGUUCAAAGAAGAAAGGCCUGAAGCCCAAGGAAUUCUUCAAGAAGGCAGAGCGAAAGGGCAAGGAGAGCUCAGCCUUGGGGCCUGCUGGCCAAUUGAGCUAUAAUCUCAUGGACACAUACAGUCAUCAGGCACUGAAGACAGGCUGUUCCCAGAAAGCAAAGUUCAACAUCACUGGUACCUGCUUGAAUGACUCAGAUGAUGACUCGCCAGACUUGGACCUUGAUGGGAAUGAGGGCCCGCUGGCCCUGUUGAUGUCUAAUGGCAGUACCAAGAGGGUAAAGAGCUUAUCCAAGUCUCGGCGAGCCAGGAUCACAAAGAAGGUAGACAAGGCUAGGCUGGUGGCAGAACAUGUGAUGGAGGAUGAAUUUGACUUGGAUUCAGAUGAUGAACUGCAGAUUGACGAGAGACUGGGAAAGGAGAAGGCAACCCUGAUAAUAAGACCAAAAUUUCCCCGAAAGUUGCCCCGUGCGAAGCCUUGCUCUGACCCCAACCGAGUUCGUGAACCAGGAGAAGUUGAGUUUGACAUUGAGGAGGACUAUACAACAGAUGAGGACAUGGUAGAAGGGGUUGAAGGCAAGCUUGGAAAUGGGAGUGGAGCUGGUGGAAUUCUUGAUCUGCUCAAGGCCAGCAGGCAGGUGGGGGGACCUGACUAUGCUGCCCUCACCGAGGCCCCUGCCUCUCCCAGCACUCAGGAGGCCAUCCAGGGCAUGCUGUGCAUGGCCAACCUGCAGUCCUCAUCAUCCUCGCCAGCUACCUCCAGCCUGCAGGCCUGGUGGACCGGGGGGCAGGACCGAAGCAGUGGGAGUUCCAGCAGUGGGCUGGGCACAGUGUCUAGCAGUCCUGCUUCCCAGCGCACCCCAGGGAAGCGGCCCAUCAAGCGGCCAGCGUACUGGAGAACCGAGAGCGAGGAGGAGGAGGAGAACGCCAGUCUCGAUGAACAGGACAGCUUGGGAGCAUGCUUCAAGGAUGCAGAGUAUAUUUACCCUUCCCUGGAGUCUGACGAUGAUGACCCUGCUUUGAAAUCUCGACCCAAGAAAAAGAAGAAUUCAGAUGAUGCUCCAUGGAGUCCUAAAGCCCGUGUGACCCCAACUCUACCAAAGCAGGACCGUCCUGUGCGUGAGGGGACUCGGGUAGCUUCCAUUGAGACAGGCUUGGCUGCAGCAGCUGCAAAGUUGGCCCAGCAGGAGCUACAGAAGGCCCAAAAGAAGAAAUAUAUCAAGAAGAAGCCUUUGUUGAAGGAGGUAGAACAGCCUCGCCCUCAAGAGCCUAAUCUCAGCGUGGCAGUACCAGGCCCAACUCUGGCCACUACACCCCAACUUCUCACCUCCUCCUCACCCCUGCCUCCCCCUGAGCCUAAACAAGAGGCCCUCUCAGGAAGUCUUGCUGACCAUGAGUAUACUGCUCGUCCCAACGCCUUUGGCAUGGCCCAGGCAAACCGCAGCACCACACCCAUGGCCCCUGGUGUCUUCUUGACCCAGCGGCGCCCUUCAGUUGGCUCCCAGAGCAAUCAAACAGGACCAGGAAAGCGUCCCAAAAAGGGCCUGGCUACAGCAAAGCAGAGACUCGGCCGUAUCCUGAAAAUCCACAGAAAUGGCAAACUGCUUCUGUGAUCCCCUUUGUGUCCUACCCCUCACCCCUUCACCCCCACUGCCUUCUCCGUUGUCAAUUCUCGGGGCACUCCUGGAUCCUGCCUGCCCCGGACAAGGUGCUGAGGCGCAUUGUCCUGCUUUCUUGGAACUGACCAAAGGCACGGACUCUCCCAUGGGCCCCUUCACCUACUCCCUCAACUCCCUUCCCCACUUCCACUGGAGCAUCCUGCCUGCCUUUUGCAUAUCUCUGAGUAGCCAGUAAAUGGGAGAGGUUUCCAGCUGACUAGAGCCCUCUUUUCUGCUGCCCCAAUCCAUUUCCCUUUCACCAGCUUUGUCUGCCCUUUACUGUCAUCCCCACUUAAAGCUGGAAAGCAGGACGAGGAGAGGCAUGAGGAGAGCCUGGGCCCCUCGGUAUUUCCCUGGUCAUGAAGUGGGAGGCCCAGUGCUCAACACUUUCUGUGGCUCCAUCCCUGUCUCCAGAAGCCUGUCCACCUCUGCCCAUUCUCCUGCCUCCUCUUAGCCCAAUGGAUGUGUCCCACUCAAGACUCGUUCCUGGGAGAAGGCUCUGGCCUCUGCCCCCUCUUGCCAAAUGCUUCAUGGAAAUAAAGAGGAGGGCCCAGAGUCUUCUUGCUGCGCCACCGUGGGCCAUUUCCAGAGUGGCCUAGAAAGGCCAUGGGCUGACUUCAUUCAUCCUCGGGAGGAAGAGAGAUUCCUGUCACUUCUCAAGGUGGGGAGAGGACCAACACCCAAGACUUUGACCGAGACUUUGUAGCCCAUUGGAGGAAACUACUUUUGGGUGGCUACAGACGAAGCCACCUCUCCCAGGGUGAGCUCCAGGGAUUUGCCUAGAGUUUGAGGUCCUGCAGAACAUUAUCCACAUAGCUUUGGCUGGGCCCCAGGAUGCAAAAACCAUCUCCCAAACGCCUUGAAAGCAUCUGCCACUGAAGCAGAUAGCCCUUGCUCUACGGCCUGAUCCCUUCACCCGUACCACAGAGCACAGCCUGGACCUUCUGGAGAGGAUGUGGCAGGACAGCUCACCCCAGGUUCUCCAUCAGGAGCCUCCCUGCUUCUCUCCCCACCUUGAGGUCUUGGUCUGAAGAAGACUUCAGAACUCACAUCUUCACUCCUGGACCUUUACACUCCCAGAUGUCAGGUGGACGCUCAAACAGAGUGCUGAUGUGGGGGGAGCCCGAGCCUAGGAGCGGAGAUGCCCACCUGUAAAGGAGCAGAUCAUCUGAACCUCCCACCCCCUCUUCCCUUUGUGAAUGUUUCUAUUGUCCAGACAGUGCCCACCCCCUCCCUCACCCUCCCCCAGCUCCCUCCACCUCCCACCUGUCUUGCCUCCCUGGUGACCUGGACUGGAUGGAGAAUGUCUCCCUCUCUCCAUUUCGGCACUGCCCAAGUGGAGUGCUUCAUUGUCUUCUACCCCCCACUUUAACUUCACCUCAGUUUUCUCAGUGCUUCUGGGGAACUUAACAGCUACUGUGCAGGCCACAGGGAAUAUGUGAGGCUUCCCUGGUUGUCUUCGUGUCUCCAGUUUGUCUUUCUUUUCUCCACAGCCCAUCUACUCUCCUUCCUUGGAAUCAGGGGUCCCUUAGCCCCAUUUCCUUUUCCUAUCUUGGGGGCCCCAGGGGCCAAGCAGUCCUCUAUCUAUUCACACCAAAGGCAAAAAAGCCUGGCUACCUCCCCCUUAGCACGUGAGGUUCCCACUCCCCUUCCCUCUGUUUCUGCCCAGCUUUGCUUUUCUUGGGGAUUUCAAAGCAACAGAGGGUAGUGAGGGGAGGGAAGGAGGGCAGCCUGUGUCCCUGUGUAGGCAACUGCCUGACUAGGCCCUGACUGCUGUAACCAAGACCAGGACCCCAGCCCUUCUGCCCAUUAACACCCCCCUCCCCUUGAUCCUUCAAAGGCAGCUAAAUUGCUAGCAUAUCCCCCCUGGUUCCAGGCCUCUUUCCCUUCUGUUUCUUUGUUAAAAGUUUUGUGGAGCUGAAACCCAACCUCCAUUUGACUGGGUUUCUGUUUAAUUUAGUUGGGCUCUCAGAGCUGGCUGUUUGUUGUUUUGUGUUUUAAAUGAAAAGCAAGUUUACCCUCAGAUUUACGCUUUUCCAAAGAGGCUAGUGUGCUUUUUUUUUUUUUUUUUAAUGUUUCAGGUUCUAAGUGAAGUGAGUUGGGGAGGGGUUGGGAGUGGUUGUAACCAAGGUUUAGAACAUGAUGAGAGAGUUACCUCUGGUCUCCAAUCCCCAGCACAGAGCUGGGGCUUGGAUAGGGGGCAGGGAGAGAGGAUUUCUAUUCACCUUUAAUAUAUUUUUACAAAAGAGCAAUUUAAAAACAAGCCCACCGCUUCUGUACAUGUCUAAAUAUAUUUUUAGAAGUGGGUAGGAUUGUGAAUUUCUGAUGCAGGGCCUUUUUAUAAACAGGUUAGAAUAGCAUCAUACAGACUUCUCUGUUGGUUUUUUUCCCCUGUUUUUUUCUUAUGUUGUGUUACUAAUGUAAUUUAUAUAUUUUUUUUAGAUCCUCCCUUUCCUAUAGAGAUAAAAGUGAUUUAUCUUGGCAAUUGCUUUGCUCAGCAUUCUUUUUUUUUUUGGUGGUGGUGGGAGUGGUGGGGUGUUGGGGUCCAGGAGUACUGCCUUCUCUUUACAUUCUGUCUCUCUCAUCAACUCACCUCUUCCCUAGUGCACAGCCUUAUGCCUGAGGUGGGGAGGGGACAGGAUCCCUGCCCUCACAAGAGACACAGUUCACACACCAAAAACAGUCAAAAGUAUAGUGAGCAGAAAAGAAGGGGGUGCAACAAUUCAAAGGGGCCUGACAAGUUUGUUGGGAAGGCUUUCCAUGGCUUCCAUGGGCAGUUUUUACUGACUAUACCUGUAUCCUCUUUCUGUGAAUGUGAAGUUGUGGGGUUUUAUUUUUUCUUCCCCUUCUCUCUCUCUCUCUCUGACAUGUUUCUCCAAGCUGAACUUGAUUACUGUGUUUAGGGCCAGUGCAAGGGAUAUAAUUAUUAGAGCUAGCAUAUCAUGCUCAUUUCCUUGUGCCAGAUACUGCUCUUAGUGUUCUAUGUAUAUUGAUUCAUUUCAUCAUCACCAGUAUCCUCAUGCUACUGAUGAGGAAACAGGCAAAGGAAACUUCCGGCAUCACACAUCAUACGUUGUGGAGCCAACCUGGUUCCACAGUCUGUGUUCUUAUUACUCUGUUCUAGCACCUCUCACUGAUAACCACUACCAUUUAAGUGCCUCUUCUGUGCCAGGUGUUGGGCUAGGGAUUUUACCUAGGAUAUGUCAUUUAAUUCUCACUGACAACCCCAGGAGAUAGUUACUAGCCCUAUUUUACAGUGAAGGAGACUGAAGCUUGCCACUGGCCUUCCACAACAGGAUCUCCCUGAUGCCAAAAUUCAUGUUCUUUCCUCUCAUCAUGUUAGAAAAAUUUCAGCAGCUCAAUGACCCAACAGAAGUUUAUUGAGCACUUGUGUGCAAGACGUAGCAUUGAGAGUUGUGUCCUGAGGAGAGCCCUUGGGGUGAUGUCAGAAGCCUCAGUUCCAAAUUUACCACCACCUGGACUCUGUGACCGACAGCAGGCUGCUUACUGUCUGAGGGUCACUGUAAAAGAAGUUUGAACCCAAUCAGGAUUUCUUCAUCCUGGAGAUUUUGCUUCUGUAGGCUCUGGGGUGAGGCUGGCUGGGUUUGGCACCUACCGGCUAAAUGACCUCCUCCAGCUCUCCCAAUGUGAAUCUUGGUAUUGGGCAGGAUUUGGAUAGAGAAGCUUCUUGUCUGGGGCAUGGGGGAACUGUGUCUCCUGGUAGAGAGGCAACAGGGAAGAGAGGAGGGAUUUUAGAGUCCUUGCAGGAAUGGUGGGCUGGGUUCUCUCUGUCACCAACUCCCACCCCACCCUUUCCAGUAAGGGACCAAAGCAUUGUCACCAGCCUCAGGUUAGAGGAGAAGCUAGAGUCUUGGUCACCUUACUCAUUUAUGCAGGAGGUAUCAGCAGAUGAGAGGCUUCUGUCUAACAAAUGGAAGGAGAACAAGAACACCCAACUUCAGUCUUCUCUCUUUUCAAUAUGGAGUGGGAAAGUGCAUAGGACUUGUCACUAAGAGCCUGCCUUCUCAAUGAUUAACCAAGUAAUUUGGGGGAGAUUGCUUGUCUUGAUAUCAGAUGGAAUGAUCUCACCUAUGGAGCCCUCUAAUGCAUGGUCACUCCUAAACUUUCUGGAUGCUGUUAAUUCCCAUACUGAAUCCUCUAGCCCUGACCUGUCCUGAGUACACAUCACACACACUUCUGCUUGCCUGUAUUGUGUUCCCUGCCUCAAGUACACAAGCUCCUCCCUUUCCAUCAGGACCCCGUUCACACCCAGUUGACUGAAAUGGCACUUGUCUCCAGUAAGCUGAGUGGAGGAGAAGAGCACCAUAUGGUACAAUGUGAUGAUAGAGACAAGCACAGGAUGCUGGUCAGGGAAUCUGUCCCAGGGAAGCUGGGAGUUCAGACAAGGCUUCCUGUCAGGGGUGGUGUUUGAGCUGAAGGAUGAAAAUUAAUUAGCCAGUCAGGCAGAGAACAGUGGGAAGAGUAUUCCAAACAAAGGCAAUAGCAUGAAUAAAAACAGAAGUGGAGGCAAAAAGAAAAAUCCAUGUGCAUAUAGAGGACAGGCAAUUUAGUAUAACUGCAGCUGUAACUUUCAUCUGGGGGAACAUAUGCAGAGUCUCCAAGAAGGAAUGUAUAGUUUGAGAAGGCAUAUGAUCCAAAUUGAUUAGUUUUUAGGCACAAUAUUUAUUUUAAAACCUCAGAUAAUGGAGGAUAUGUAAUUUGAUGUUUGUCAAAAGACAUAGCUGUAUCCCACGAAUGACAGAGAAUCAUUAAAGGGGUUUAAGCAGAAAAUGGCAUGAUCCAACUUGCUUUUUAAAAAGAUCCCCUUGCCAGUCAUAGGAGUGGAUUAGGAGGGAGAGAGAUGAAGAUAGGGAGAUGAGUGAGGAAGUUACUGAAAGAGGGAUGGGGAGGGCACCAUCUUAUCUUCCAAUGCCCCAUCAAAUGCCACUUCCCUAAGGAAGUCUUCACCCAACUCUGCAGUCGAUUCUGACCUUUUCUUGACUUCUACAUCUCAUAAAGGGUGGAUAUUCCAGGCCAUUUUCAGGAGGCAUAACCAUGGAGUCAGCCACUUAUACAACCCAAGUGAUAGAAGUUGCACCCCUCUAUCCCCAUUUUCAGCUUUUUAACUCUCAAGAAAGCUCUCCUUUCCUAUAGGACCACAACAUAAUGCCAGCACUCACCAAUGAAUGUGAUAAGAGAGAUACAAUACCCAUUUUAUAUUUUCCUUGUCAGGAGUCCAGCAAGCCUCCAUCACAUUCCAUUCCAUUCUAUCAUACCGAGCCUUUCAGGGUUAUCUCCCCAAAGUCCUCUCUUCAUCAUCUCUUCCUGCAUAAAAACAUCCAUGGCUUCCCACUGCUUAUUACACCUUCUGGGUUUCAAGGCUUUUCAAACCUGGCCCAACCUGGAGACAAUGGGCUGUGGUGGAAGGAGGAUGUACCUGGGAGCUGAGAAAACCAAUGACUCGAUUCCAACUCUGCCACCUAUGGGAUUUUGAGCUGGCUACUUCAUGUUUCCUUGACUCAGUUUAAUCAUCUAUAACAUGAAGAUACAAUUCCUACCUCAUAGUAUUGUUGGGAGGAAUUAUAUCAGUGUCAUUAAAGAACUUAAUUCUAUGACGAGCACUCAGGUCAUUGGUAAAUCUAGUUUAAUUUUCACCUGUUAAAAUUUGCCCAACAAGGCCUGUAAUCUUAUAAAGAUUACAGAGAAAGUAAGCCUUUAAAGGAAUCAGAAUAUUUCAACCUGGGGUGGGAAAUCAAGUUGGCUUCAUGAGGAACAUGUUUGAAGGACAUAGAAAGAUAGCUGAGUCAAUAGGUGUGGUGAGCCUUACACUCUGUAGAGGAAAUACAACUAAAUCUAUGACACAAAGUUGCUGGAAGGUGCCAGAGUAUCAUCCAUGCCAGUUCAAUAUCAUUAGUUCAGUUCUACAAUGGUUUAUCAAAGCUUAUUUUGUGUCAGGCCCUGUGCAUGCCUUUGGAGGACUUAAUCCUAAGGAACAUGUGGUUUAGUACACAGACAUGGAAACCCAAGUACAGCAAUACUAGGAUAAAUACUGUUACAAAUAAGUAUAGGGUGCUAUGGGAGCAUGAAGGAAGGAGACCAAACCCAGUGUGAGGAGCAGGAAAGUCUUCUAGGAAGAAACAACACCUGAGUUGACUAUUGAAGGGCAAUUCACCAGGCAAGGGAAGGCAGAAGGAUGAGUUGGAAUAGAGCAUUACAAGCAAAAGGAACAGCAUAAGCAAAAGUAGAAAAUCAAAGCAGCCUGGUUUGUGGGUGGAACUACAAGACUUUGAGUUGAGUUGGUGUACUGGGGUGAGAUGGCAAAUGUUGGGAGAUGAAGCUGAAGAGGUUGGCAGGAACGCAAUCAUGAAGGUCUGAUUUAUGUUUCAGAACGUUCUUUCUGGCGAUCCUUGGGGUGGGGAGAGACAAAAGCGGGUUAGUGUGGAGGCCAGUGUGAGGGUGGUUGCAAGAUUCCAAUUAAGAUGCAGUGAGGUCUAAACCAGGGCAGUGACUAUGAAGAUACUAGAGAUGUUAACCCACACCUCCCUUUUUUAUUUCCCUGAUAUUUUACUAUGAACAUUUUCAAGAAUUCAGAAAAUCAAAGUAAUUAUACAGUGAAUACCCAUAUAUUUACCAUCUAGAUUCUACAUCAGUGUUUUACUACACUUGCUUUGUCAAAUAUAUCUAUCUAUUCAUCUAUCAACCCAUCUUAUUUUUUAUGCAUUUCAAAAUUUGAUACCUGUAACCCAUUCUCUUAAACACUUCUGCAUGCAUGCCAUAAACUAGAGUUCAAUAUA